AGGCAUCGCCUGCUCUCGAUGCUCCUGUCUCGGGCGCGCAAUGGAAACCGGCUGCUGGUUGCUUGGCGGCGAGUUCGAGGACUCGGUGUUUGAGGAGAGGCGGGAGAGGCGGCCUGGACCGCUUGCGUCCUACCGCGCCAAGCUCUGCGAGCCGCAGUGGUUUUAUGAAGAAACGGGGAGCAGUGAUGAUGUUGAAGCUCUGACUAUCCAGAAAUUCAAAGGGGACCUGGCCUAUAGACGGCAAGAGUAUCAGAAAGCACUGCGAGAGUAUUCCAGUAUCUCAGAAAAACUGCCGUCUACAAAUUUUGCCAUGAAAAGGGAUGUCCAGGAAGGCCAGGCUCGGUGUCUCGUUCACCUGGGAAGGCACGAGGAAGCCCUGGAGAUUGCUACAAACUUGGAAAAUAGGGCAACUAACACAGACCAUUUAACCACUGUGCUCUACCUCCAGUUUGCUAUUUGUUCAAGUUUGCAGAACUUGGAGAAAACAAUUUUCUGCCUACAGAAACUGAUUUCUUUGCAUCCCUUUAAUCCUUGGAACUGGGGCAGAUUGGGAGAGGCUUACCUGAAUCUGGAGCCAGCGCUUGCAACUUUGCUUGCAUCAUCUCACAAACAGAACAGUUUCACCUCGAGUGACAAGGCUAUCAAAUCCUCGUGUCCCCACUCGCGAAAAGACUGUGUUUUGUGUUUCCCUGAAAUGUUGCCUGAGAGCUCUGCAUUAUCUGUGGAAACGAGCAGUGCUAAUAACCAGAAGAAUGAGAAAGCUCUUAAAAAUAUUCAGAACUGUAUGGCAGAAGAGAGAACAGCAGUGUUGCUAGAAACUCAGAUGAAAGCCUGUGCCUCUUUUAUACGAACCAGGCUUUUGCUUCAGCUCGACCAAUCUCAGCAAACAUCGUUUGCUUUGGAGAGGAACUUAAAGACUCAGCAGGAAAUUGAAGCUAAAAUGAAAGGGUUCAGCUUCAAAGAAGACACUUUGCUGUUGAUAGCAGAGUUGCUGUCAUCCCAUCAGCUCUCGCCUCAAGCAAUAAGUAGUCUUUGAAGAUUUAAAGCCAGUGCAACCCGUUCUUUGAGUGGGUUUCUAAUCCAUAAUAAUUUGAGUAUUCAUGGACACAUAGGACCUCAGGGUUUGUAGGAAACCUAGGGACCAUCUAGUCCAAAUCCAAGUGACAAAUUCCCUCUACAGCGUCCCUGCCAAAUGGCUCCCUAACUUUUCAUGCUGAAUCGUGGGAAAUGUUUUGGGACUUAAUUUUAGUUCACUCUCCUUACCAAAGGUGGGCUGAUCACUUAGCGAGUUCAGAUGCAAGCUUCUUACAAACUUAAACUUGGUGGGUGUCUUGUCAAAGAGAAACUAACGCAGAACCUGGACCUGGAUCUGACCGGUAGGGAGCAGUAUUGUGCCUUUAGAGUGAGGGGCAUGCUCUUAAGUCCUGAGGUUGCUGUGGUAACCUUUCUGGAGGGAUGGAGUCUCUCUGGAUCAGGAAAGUGUGGACUCAGCUACAUGCUGCUCAACUGUUUGCUGCCUUUGACUUCUUUGGAGAACUUCUAAGAGAAGGGAUCUGUGCUCUCUACACAGCAGCAGUUACAUUCUGUGCAAGCUCUGCUUUUCUGUCAUUUACAAGGAGGGAGGAUCACUCGCAGUGCAUUUUUGUCAGCUGAAGAUGCUCUAUGAUAUAAGAAGGUUGACCCUCACUCCCUGUAGCCUGAAUGGUACUACUGCCAUGCUAGUGCUUUGGUGAUUUGUUUACUCAGGGAAAGAUGAGACUGGAAGUAGGGGAUGUUUUACAAAUGUGGUCUUGGAUCACUGCUUCUGAAUAAACAUCUUUUCAAUCUGUUGAAUUGUUAGAGUUGUCCCCUGGCUGCUAAAGAAAUACUUCUGUACGAAAUCAUUUACACUUGAUAAAUAGCAUGGUCUUCAUUCUGUGUCUGCUUCCCCUGUUAUUAGGACGGGGUUGUUGUUGUUUUUUCCCCCUCCUACUGCAGGUUAUGGGCGAAGAUAUCGUCCCAGAAAAAAUAAGAGAUGAGGUUCACACAGAGGUGAAGUGUGUUGGCCCUGCAGCCCUGACUGCCUUGGUGAUU